AUGCCCGCCAUUCCGCCACCUCAACUCAUCGCCCUUCAAGCCAACCCGGAGAAUAUUCGUAAUAUCUGUAUCCUCGCGCACGUUGAUCAUGGCAAAACUUCCCUCACGGACUCCCUCAUUGCUACCAAUGGCAUCAUAUCCCCCAAAAUGGCCGGUAAGGUCCGCUACUUAGACUCGAGACCGGACGAGCAAAUACGUGGAAUCACCAUGGAGAGUAGUGCGAUCAGUCUCUACUUCAGUAUGAUGCGGAGACAACAAGAGAAUGACGAACUCAAGAAGGAAGAAUACUUGAUCAAUUUAAUAGACAGCCCCGGUCACAUUGAUUUCUCAUCAGAAGUCAGCACUGCCUCCAGGCUAUGCGAUGCCGCCGUCGUCUUGGUCGAUGCAGUCGAAGGUGUAUGCUCCCAAACUGUUACAGUACUACGGCAGGUAUGGAUAGAAAAGUUAAAACCGUUACUUGUCAUCAACAAGAUUGACCGACUGAUCACCGAGCUGAAAAUGACUCCGGCCGGAGCAUACUCACAUCUCGAAAGAGUCCUUGAAGGUGUCAAUGCUGUCAUAGGUAGCUUCUUCCAAGGUGAACGAAUGGAAGAAGAUUUACUUUGGAGAGAAAGGCUUGACCAAAAAGAAGCAGCUAAAGAACAACAGAGACCGGAUGCCAUGGCUUCCGUGGCAGAUUUAGACCAACAGUUUGAGGAGCGAGACGACGAAGACCUGUACUUUGCCCCGGAGAAGAGCAACGUCAUUUUUGCCAGUGCCAUCGACGGCUGGGCGUUCACGGUUCGCCAGUUUGCGGGUAUCUAUGAAAAGAAGCUAGGUAUUAAGAGGUCCAUCCUCGAAAAGGUGUUGUGGGGGGAUUUCUACUUAGACCCCAAAACCAAGAAAGUUUUGGGACAGAAACACUUAAAAGGCAGAAAUCUGAAACCAAUCUUCGUCCAGCUCGUCCUCGACCCCAUAUGGCAAGUCUACGAUGCCACGGUGGGUGUCAAUGGUGGACGGGGCGAUCCAGCCAUGUUGGAGAAAAUCACCAAGUCGUUAUCCAUCAAUCUGCCGGCUCAUAUUGCUAGGUCUCGAGAUACCAAAGUCAUACUACAGAGUGUAUUCUCGUCGUGGCUACCACUUUCCACAGCCGUUCUUGUGUCUGUCAUUGAAUACUUACCAAGUCCUCCCAGGGCGCAGGCCAUCCGAUUACCUGAGAUGAUUGAAGAGCUGGUCAGCGCCAAGAACAUCGACCAGUCACUGAAGGAUUCAAUGAUCCAAUUUAACACGUCCGAGUCUGCACCGAUUGUUGCCUAUGUCAGCAAAAUGGUCGCGAUACCGGAGAGCGAGCUUCCAUCGAAAAGACGGAAAUUGGGGACGAUCUUGACGGCGGAUGAAGCACGAGAACUCGCCCGAAAAAAGAGAGCAGAGAUCGCCAAAGCCCAGGCCGACGCUGAAGGCUCUGCAAACGUGGAUCGUAUUAUCAACGGAAUGAACACGACAAGGAUAGGCGAAGAAGAGGACGAAGAUGUCACACCAGAACAACCAGAGGAUCCCGAACAUUUGAUAGGGUUUGCACGGUUGUAUUCAGGAACGCUAUCUGUCGGAGAUGAAGUAUAUGUUCUGCCACCGAAAUUCAAUCCAGCAUUUCCCCAUGCCUCACCGGAACUCAAAAAGGUACCCAUCACCGCUUUAUAUCUCCUGAUGGGUCGAUCUCUAGAGCUGCUAGACAAGGUCCCAGCGGGAGUUGUCUUUGGAAUAGAGGGUCUAGAAGGACAUGUCCUGAAGACGGGGACACUAUGUUCCCAACUAGAAGGCAGUAUCAACCUGGCUGGCACAUCAGCUCUCAGCCAACCGAUUGUCAGAGUUGCUCUUGAGCCGACGAAUCCAAUGGAUCUAAACAAAAUGAUCAAAGGACUGAAACUUCUGGAACAAAGCGAUCCCUGCGUGGUCUAUGAGCAGAUGGAGAGCGGCGAGCAUGUCAUCCUGACCGCCGGGGAAUUGCAUCUCGAAAGAUGUCUCAAGGACCUGCGAGAACGUUUCGCCAGAUGUGACAUCCAACCCGGCGAUCCGAUUGUGCCAUAUCGAGAAACAAUUGUAAAGGCCGACGAAAUGGAACCGCCGAAGAACAAGGAUCUCCCGAGAGGAACAGCCGUCGCAGUGACCGCUUCGAAAACGGUAUCGGUCCGAAUACGAGUCCGCCCAUUGCCAUACAAUGUCGCGGAAUUCCUCAUCAAGAACGGAUCAUCCAUUCGACGGUUAUAUGCGGAGAAACAGGCACAAGAAGAUGUGGUCAAAGAAUCUGAUGAAAUGGAGAAAGACGAUUCGGCAGAUCUUGGGAAUGAUACCGGCAACGAAAGAAGCAAUCUAUCGCUGCAGGAGUUCCGCAAGCAGCUCCAUGCUGCCUUUGAGGAGGCCAAAGAAGAAAAAGAAGGCUGGCAGAGAGUCGUGCCUCGGAUAUGUAGUUUUGGACCUCGACGAGUCGGACCGAACAUCUUCAUCGACGCCACGGGGUCAAACACAUGCAAGCGCUUCCUAAUGGAGCCGCAUGAACUGUCUGAGCGCGAAGACCCCGACGGGAAGCAGAGUGAUGCCCAAGAUGGCUGUUCCCAAACGAAGCCAACACAAGAUUUCUCCGACACGAUCGCCUACGCCUUCCAACUUGCCACCGCUCAGGGACCUCUGUGCCGUGAACCGACGCAAGGCGUCGCCGUCUUUCUCGAAGAGAUCUCCCAGUCCCAGUCGCCCGACACAUCAGAACCGACCGUCGAAUCCGGUCGAUUAACCGGUGAACUCAUCACAUCAGUGCGUGAAAGCAUCCGCGCUGCCUUCCUCGACUGGUCACCCCGCAUCCUGCUGGCAAUGUACAGCUGCACGAUCCAAGCGACCCCGGAAGUCCUGGGCCGUGUGUACAGCGUCCUCACACGACGACGAGGUUCGAUUCUCUCCGAGGCCCUGCUUGAAGGUACGCCGUACUUCACGAUCGAAGCCACACUGCCUGUGGCCGAGAGUUUUGGGUUCAGCGAAGAGAUCCGCAAGCGGACAUCCGGGUUGGCGCAACCAAUGCUGCGGUUCGUUGGAUUCAAGAUGAUCGACGAUAUCGAUCCAUUCUGGGUGCCGAGGUCGGAGGAAGAGCUGGAAGAUCUAGGUGUGCAUGGCGAGAGGGAGAAUGUUGCGAAAAGGUACGUUGAUGCAGUUAGGAAGAGGAAGGGUUUGCUUGUCAGAGGCCCUAGAGGGGGGAGGGAUGCCGAGAAGCAGAAGACCUUGAAGACAAAUUAG